AGGAAUGUUUGCUCUGCUUUUGCUGCAGCUUCUGCAUGCGGGAUUUGGAUCGCCCGGAAUGUUCUAUAUUAUCCAGAGCUGAUGGUAUUACUGGGUUUCAGACGAAGAAAUCCCUCCAGAGCUACGUUGUUGUCUACUGGAAAAUAUUGUAGGAGAACAAGGAAGAAUCCGGGACUGUUCAAGAGUAAAGAUGAUCUUCAAACAGUUGUCACUUGAAACUAAGGCUGCAGCAGUUGCUGGAAGUGUCUUCUUCUCCAUGAUAGCAUCUUGGACAUUUUUGGCUGAAAGGAUUGAGGAGAAGAGUUUGAGGUGGCUGGUCAGACUGCAGAUGUUACUAUUUGUUAACGCCCUGAUGCUCAUAGGAUCGCUUCACAUAUGGAGAAGCCUUGUGACCAUGUUCCACAGAUCACCAACUCCCAUGUUGUCCUGUUUCACCUUAUGGAAAACAGCUGUGUUAAUGUUCCUGAUUUUGGCACACUCGAGCUUUUUUACGGUUCUGCUGCUUGUUGCAGAGGAACCAUAUCUCUUUUCUUUAGCUGCUCAUACCUGCCUUGGAGGGUACAUCCUCCUUAUUUUCUGCCUCUUCGCCCUAGGCUCCUUGGAACAAGUUUAUAAGCUCUUGCUCCAAAGACAGGCAAAGAUGGGAAGUGCCAGUAAAAAUGCCAAACUGCCAAUAAAGCCAGCUCUAGCAGUUGUGUUGACAGUUAUGUUGACUGUUCUGGGACUCCUCAAUGCUUCCCAACCUCCUGCAGUGAAGUCAGUAGCGAUUCCUCUUCACAAACUGCCACAGUCUAUGGACCAAUUGAAGGUGGUCCUGCUUUCAGAUAUUCACCUGGGGCCAACCGUUGGCAAGACCAAACUGGAGAUGGUUAUAAAAAUGGUUAGAGCUCUGAAACCGGAUAUCACGGUGAUUGUGGGUGACUUGACUGAUUCUGAUGUGAAAGGCCUUGGGCAUGCUGUGAAACCUCUUGGCAUGCUUAACUCCCCACUGGGAACUUAUUUUGUCACAGGCAACCAUGAGUACUAUACCUCUGAUGUCAACAGUUGGUUUGAAGUGCUGAAAUCACUAAACAUCCACCCUCUGCAUAAUGAGAAUAUCAAGAUCUUGUCCCCUAAGGGUAGGAGUGCCGAUUGGUUUUGUCUGGCAGGGGUAGAUGAUAUCGAGGCUAAUGCAAUGCGUUACCCUGGCCAUGGGAUGGAUUUAAAUAAGGCUCUUGGAGGCUGUGGCACAGAUCAUGCCAUCGUUCUUCUUGCCCACCAGCCACUUGCUGCUAAAUGGGCUCUCCAAGCUCGGCCAGAUAUAAAUUUGAUCUUGUCUGGGCAUACUCACGGAGGGCAGAUAUUUCCUCUGAAUAUUGCUGCCUAUUUCUUGAAUCCAUUCUUUGUUGGCUUGUACAAGGUCGGACAAAACACUUUUGUGUAUGUUAGCCCUGGGACUUUGUAUUAUGGAAUGCCAAUGAGACUGGGAAGUAGAGCUGAAAUCACUGAGAUAAUUCUGCGUUCUCACUCAUCAGUAUGAAAUGAUUUAUUUCAUUGGGCUUGUGCAGUGCAUCUUCUUGUUCAUAAAAUGCCACGAUUUCUCUGGAAUACUGCUGAGCAGGUGCUUAGACC